UGAUCAGCCCCGGUUCUGUAUCUUUAAGCAGUGGUGUGGUUCGCCGCCGAGGCUCCUCGGCUUAUAUGGAACGACAGGAAAUGAGUAAGAGCCGAGGCAGAGAAAGGAACUGUCUGCCUGGCGGCGUCAGUCAGUUCCCCCCGAGCAGAGUGCGCCGGGACGUCCGGCAGCCCGACCAAGGUCUGGGCUGCCAUGCCGGCCCCGAUUAUCACCAUGUGGCUGCUGGUGAGCGCCAUCUUGAGUGAGCCGCCGCCCCCGCGGCGGGAAGCCCUCGGCCGAAUGGAGGAGCGGGAGGCAGAGCUGCAGGCUCAGAAAGUGCGGCUGGAGCGGGAGCUGGAUGAGGCGGCACCGGUGGUGGUGAUGGCUGAGGAGCCGCAGGCCGAGGACGGCGACAGCUGGGGGCCGUGGGGAGCCUACCCCCUCGCCGGUGUUCUCCUCCUCCUGCUGGCACUGUGGGGCUGCGGGCUGGUCGGCUGCCCGCGUGCCCUGCGGCUGCUGGUGGGCGGGGAGGCGGGCCCGGAGAGCGGGGAGCUGCCACCGCUAGCCUCGCUGCCUGACCUUCAGGCUCUGGCCUGCUUCUACGAGCAGAGCGUGCGGCUGCCGGCGGACGAGGUGUCGCGGACCAGGGAGAUGGUGGAAGGCUUUGCUGACGACCUGCUGGAGGCCGUGCGGAGUGUGUGUGACCGCGAGCUUGACAUGGAGCUGCAGGAUUGUGUCGGCGUCGGGAGCCUCUACGAGAACUGGCGUCUAGACAGGCCGCUGGCCUGUGACCUGCUGGUGCCCUUCAGCCCGCCUGAGCCCUACCGUUUCCAGGCCGAGUUGAUGCCGGCGGCAGGGCCCGAAUUCCUGACCCGUGGCGCCGUUCGCGUGUUGGGCCCGGAGCCCGGCGCCUGUCGCUGCGGCGACACCCAGCUGGCCCGCGACAUGCUGUGCCUGGUGCACGGAGAGCAGGACCCGGCUGCCAGCCAUGAGCUGCUGUGGGCCCCUACUGCCCCCUAUCUGUCCCGGGGCCCGGUGAUGCGGUGGUUCCAGGCCGCCCUCACCAAGGCUUGGGCCAGGAUCUCGCACAAGUAUGACUUUGAGCUGGGAUUCCAGGAUCUGGAACGCCCCGGCUCCCUGCGGAUCCGCUUCCGCUCCGGCAAGGUCGUGCUGUUCCACCUCUGCCCCGUGGUGCAGUACGAAGGCUCCGACGUGUACCUGACACCGGCCUGGGACCCGCCCGAGGCGCAGCCAGGCCACAGGCCUGACCACGGAACCGUCUGGGAGCUCAGCACGGCCGUCUACGAGAAGCGGUUCCUGAACUGGGUGGGCAAGCGGCUGCCGCCAAGCCCCUGCCACCUGGCCUGCCUGCAGAUCGCCGCCUUCCUGCACCAGAAGCAGAUCCGGCUGAGCGGGCCGGGCGGCCUGCGCCGCUACCACCUGAAGACUGCGCUGCUCCACCUGCUGGCCCGCUUGCCCCCCACCGCCUGGCACCGCUCCUGCCUGCCGGCUCGGCUCCGGGACCUGCUGGAGCUGCUGCAGCUGGCGCUGCGCCACGGCCGCCUCCAGCACUUCAUCCUGGGCAGUGGCUCCGCCCUGCCCCAGCUCAACAUCCCGGCCGGCCUCCGCUCGGCCCAGCAGCCCAACCUGCUGGCUGGCCUGGCGGCGCGGAGGCAGCUGCUGGCCCGGGCCAGGCACAUGCUGGCCGAGAUGCAGCGCAACGCCACGGUGCUGGUGCGGGAGUACGGCCCGCCCGAGACACAGACCAGCCACGCUUCCAGCUAGGCGGUGGGAUGGUGCAAAGCUACCUCGAGGCCUCUGCCUGGGUAAGUCAGAGUGACAUCAGGCCCCGAGAUGCUGGCCUCUCGCCCUCGUGUCUAGGCACCUGUCCACCUCUGCGGCAACUAAACCCCCCAGACUUCCAGUGGGUUAAGACACUACUGGCCCAGCCAAGGCUGCCUCCUCCUCGGGCAUCACCAAUCUCCAGCCCGCUUUGCCCUGCACGACAGGGGUGCCAAAGUUUGCAUUGGCCAAGGGUCAUUGCCACCACUCCGUGUCCAAUGGUCUUCAGUGCAGCCGCUGACCGAGCAUUCCCUUUUCCUGAAGGAGGCCAGCCCUGGCGGGAUUUGCAGCUACUGCAGAUCCAGUUGCUGAAACGGAAUAUAUUUUGCAGUAAACACACACUUUAUUAUUCAGUGAGAAUUAAAGGCACUACUGGAACAGAUUCAAUGUUCAUGAUGCAGGGUUCAAUAGAAACGUGAGUGGCAAUAGAGGGAUUUUGAUGGGGUGAGAAGUGGCAAUGGACAGUGGGCAACAGCAAGGUUGAUGGACAGCUUGAGGUGACCAUAACUGGAAGGCAAAGAAAGGACUGUUUAACUGGGGAAGUUAAUUGUUUUUGGCUUUGUAUACACCUCACUAAAAACCAAUCUAGUGAUCAAAAAAGGCAAGUAUUGGUAAUUAUUACAGAACAUUUUAAGUACAAGAAUAAAGACUACACAUGGAGCAUUCUGUA